AUGACGUGUAAGUUACCUCAUCAUACUGUUCUUCAUUUUGAUCGAAAUAUCAAAACUAGUGAAAAUGAGAAACCAAAACAAACGUCCUCACUCUCCCCCAAAGCCGAAGUGUUCUUACCAAAGAAUGAAGUCGUUACAAAUGCCACAACAUGUACAGGACAAUUUAGUUAUUCUAAAGGUGAAUCAAAACGUGUAUUACUGUGUACUGCUCUCAUUAAAGUUAGUGAUUCCAAUGGUAAAGCCAUCCCUUGCAGGGCUUUACUAGACUGUGGCAGUGAAGCCAGCUUUAUAAGUGAAGAGUGUGUCAGUAAACUAAAGUUAGGUAGAUUUAACAAAAAAAUUGAAGUAUCGUGCCUUGGUUCGUUCAACACUGUAACAAGUGGAGAAGUGGAAUUAAUCUUUACCCCGCACUUUGAGUCAAAUUCCAAAUUUCGAACAUAUGCAUUCGUGAUUCCAAGGAUAACUUCAGAUGUGCCUAACGUGUCGCUUCCUUCUAAAAUUGCGAAUCAUUUUGACGAUCUAGUCUUAGCUGAUCCUAAGUUCUAUGAAAGAAAACCUAUAGAUAUUUUGUUAGGUGUAAAUGUAUUUUUUACUAUGCUUAAGGGAGACAUCAUAAAGAGAGGAGAAUCAUUACCCUUUGCAAUUUGUUCUCAGUUGGGUUGGAUCAUUUCCGGGAACACUAUUACUGAUGAUUCGAAUCUAACUAACACUUUUACAGUGAAUAAUCUUCAGUUGAAUACAAACGAAUUAGUUGAAAGAUUUUGGUCUUUAGACUCCAUUCCGGAAGUCAAACGUAUUUCAAGUGAAGAUAAAAAAUGUGAAGAGUUCUUUAAAACAACACACUUCCGUGAUCAAAAUGGUCGUUAUGUAGUGAAACUUCCAUUUAAAGAUAACCCUUCAAGGUUGGGUAAUUCUAAAGAUCUUGCUUUACAAAGAUUUAAAUCUUUAGAGAGAAAUCUCUUAAGAUCUCCUGAUACAUAUGAUAUGUAUAAACAUUUCAUGAAGGAAUACUUGGAUCUCGGGCACAUGGAACCAGUCCGUAGUUCAGAGUCCCCAAGUCAGGCAUACUACAUGCCACAUCAUGCAGUAAUUAAGGAAUCUAGCUCUACGAGUAAAAUACGUGUGGUAUUUAAUGCUACUAGUGCUCAAAACACUGAAGAGUGCAAAAAUCUAGUAAAUCAACUCUUGCAAAUGUUAGAACGUGGAGGAUUUCUUCUGCGUAAAUGGUCAUCCAAUGACUUGUCAGUGUUAGAGAAUAUACCCCAGGAGUUGAGAAAUGAUUCUGAGGCUAUGAAAAUUCAAGACGAUAGCUCAAUCAAAGUUUUAGGAAUUAAUUGGAACCCCCGUGAAGACUACUUUAACUUUUCCGUAUCCAUUUCUGACAUGUGGAAACUCCAUUUAUCGUGGGAUGAACCUGUUAGUGAUGAGAUUGCUAACAAAUGGAAGAUUUUCCGAAAUGAUUUACAUCUUAUUCAACAAUUAAAAAUACCGAGAUUUGUUUUGAUUCCUGACGUGAACUAUAUUGAUAUCUGUGCUUUUUGUGAUGCCUCCGAGAAAGGCUACUGUGCAGCAAUUUAUUUGCGUUCAGUGUCACGUAAUUUGGACAUCAAAGUAACACUCUUAACAUCAAAAACAAGAGUUGCCCCUCUGAAAGUGCAAUCAUUACCUCGAUUAGAGUUAUGCGCCGCAGUUUUGUUAGUGAAUUUGCUUAAAUCAGUGUUAGAACAUUUAGAGUUUCCUAUACGUAAAGUUUUGGCCUGGACAGAUUCAACUGUUGUACUGUCCUGGAUUUCUGCAGAACCAUACCGUUGGGUUCCCUUUGUUGCAAACCGCGUUGCUAAAAUACAGAAUACAAUUCCUAAUGUAAGGUGGAACCAUAUCAAUGGAAAGCGGAACCCAGCUGAUUCAGGUACAAGAGGAAUGUUUCCAGCAGAAUUUCUGAAGUGUGAGCGAUGGUUCAUUGGACCUACUUGGUUAUAUUCACAAGAUUUCGAACCAUGUCCUGACAGUGAACAUCUUUGCUGA